GAACGGCCAUGGAAUAACUGUUUUACCCAGGGUAAGAUUUUCGAACGCAGCCAUUGGUGGUUAUCUCGCGGAGCUUUUACCGAAAGAUAACUUUAGGCUAAUCGAUCUCUAAUACAGGAAUUUCUAAUUAGAGAAAUGCCAGUCAUACAGGAUUUUUUCAAACGUUACUUGCCGGUAGUGAAGGCCGACGAGGGAGAAGAAGAAGAAUUGGUAGAUCCGCAAAAAGUACUUCGUGAGCAAUGCUCUCAAGAAGUAAAAUGCAGCAAUUUUCAAGAGAAAUUGACCACAUGCAAUAAUCGUGUUAAUUCAAGAUCCAAUACAGAAGAAACUUGUUUAGAGGAACUUCUUGAUUACGUGCAAUGUGUAGAUCAUUGCGUCGCAAAAACUCUGUUUAGUAAACUUAAGUAAUUGUAUGAUAUUCCUAUAAAGAUCCAAUUGUUGUUCGCAAUGUUAAAGCUUAAUUUCUCAACAUUGUAUAUAUAUAAUGAAAUGCUAGCAAUAAAAAGAUUAAAUUAUUAGAGAUAAAAAUUAUAUCGACAUAUAGCCUCUUCAUCAUCUGUAUUUCAAUUCUAUGAGCUAAUUUUAACAAAUCUUAACAUGAACAAUGUGUAUACAAUAGGAUACAUAAAAUAUCAAUGACAUA